CAUCGGUGACUCGGCUCGCUCGCCUCGCAUCACGUACACGAAAAUUCAGAAGAUUCCACCUGUCUCGAAGCCAAUGGAUCUUCGCUCAUCACCUUCUGACACAAUAUACGUCGAAAAGCCAAAAGGCGUGUGGUAUGCUUAGUGAAUUUGGCCAGUGGUCUCCCACGCCUGUUCGAUGUUGGAAUUGCUUUAACCGGAGCGGACAAGGAAAACAACUGUCACAUUGCUGAAUGAUUUUAGCCGCAGUGCCGCAGUUGAUCAUCCAACCCGAGGGAAGAAUGUCACGACAGCAACAGCAGACGUCGUUCAAAGCCACGGACAGCGUGGUGGAGGUCAAAAGUAAAUUUGACGCAGAAUACCGUCGCUUUGCUUUUAAGAGGAACUGCCCGGGUGGCUUCCAAGAGUUCUAUAGCCUCCUCCAGACAAUCCAUCACAUCCCAGAAGUAGACAUGUUACUGGGAUACGCAGAUGACCAUGGAGACCUUCUUCCAAUCAACAAUGAUGAUAACUUCCACAAAGCUGUUUCAUCAGCAAAUCCCUUGCUCCGCAUUAUCAUCACCAAGAAAGAGGAUGAACCUGUAGUUUUUGCAACCAACUCCCUCCAGAGGCGGAAAAAAGGACUGGGUUUGACAGGACUCCGUACCCCUGCUUCAUUGUCUACCAACUCAAAGAGCAAAAUUGGUCUCCUCAUCGGCCGACCACAGAACUUCCGUCAAAUUUCAUCAAUUAUUGACGUGGAUAUCCUACCUGAGACACAUCGCCGUGUACGGCUCCACAAGCACGGUACCCAUAAACCCCUGGGCUUCUACAUCCGAGAUGGCGCCAGUAUGCGAGUGACACCUUACGGUGUUGAAAAGGUUCCAGGAGUGUUCAUAUCCCGCCUUGUGCGUGGUGGUCUUGCAGAGAGUACCGGGCUCUUGGGCGUUAAUGAUGAAAUUCUAGAAGUCAAUGGGAUUGAUGUUACAGGAAAAUCAUUAGACCAGGUGACAGACAUGAUGGUGGCCAACAGCCACAAUCUUAUAGUGACAGUGAAACCAGCAAACCAGAGGAACAAUGUCAUGCAUCGAGGGAGUAAAACAACAGGAAAUUCUGGUUCUUUUGGCUCAAAUGGAUCGACAGGCUCCGCUCUGUCUCAUGAUUCGACGAGUCCUGCCUCUCACAGCACACCUAUCACAGCAAGUAACAGCAUCGUAGAGGGUGACAGCGAUGAAGAAGAAGAUGAUGACGGUGACCUCAUCCUGGAAAAUGACUGUUUGACAUUCUACCAAUCACAUAACAAUACGAACCUCACCAGUGAAAGAUUGAACAGCAGCCCUGUGGUUAGAACCCUUCCACAGAGUGUUUCCAUGCCUGAAUACAUGGCAUCAAACCUGAGGUCUGGUCAAAACGGACAUCCAAGUCACAGCAUUCAGCGGAGUAUGAGAGAGGGUGGCAACAUAAUAACACUGUGAACACAGCCAUGUGUUUUCCUGACUGUCAAAUAACAUGUUAAAAAAAAAAAAGGAAAAUCUUUAUGGGUGCCUGCAGUUGAUUCGCUGAUGCCUAUUACAAUUUCCAACAAAUUUAUAUAAUCAGCAGCAAUAUUGAUUUCUUCUCUUACCAUGGUGGACAGAUUGCAUUAUGAAUUUAUGUGACUUGACAUCAGUCUUCGCAGCCGUUAUUGAUAUACAGUAUAUGGUUGUUAAGAGAUGUUUAUACUGCCAUACAGAAGUAUAGACUGCAUUAAAAAUAUGAAAACUGCAGUGAAGCAGGUAAAAUACAUAUAUAGUGGACCCCCUCUAUUCACCGGGGAUUUGGGACAGAGCCGACCGCGAAUAGCAAAUGGUCGGUUCCCUAAAACUGAUAUGAUCAGGAGUGUCAAAUGUAUUUUUGUCAUGGGCCACUUCGUCAUUAGGGUUUCCUUCAGGGGGCCAUUUUAACUGUGAACACCAAUUGCCUCAUGUUUCAUUAACACAGGAAGAUGAUGACUAACUAUACUUUUGCAAUCAGGGACCAUUUUUGUUCAAAUGUAAUUACAUUUAUUUUAAAAGAGGGAUUGGUAACAAAAAAAAAUA